AUGGCUACAACCGAGUCUCAUCGCGAGACUGCGGAUGUUGACCUCUUUGACAGCGUCGACUAUGGCGGAGUCUUCAGCAAUGUGGGGCGUCGCGAUUGGGGCUUUUCUUCGAAGUCGGUGUCUCCACUUGCGAAGCGAGCAAACCAGCACUUGACAGUCCUGAUGGUAGUGGUACCCUCGCCCAAUCCGUUGUUUAUGUUGCGAGCUGCUGCCGUUGCUCCAAUGCCGCCACGCCAUUCAUAG